AUGUUUAGCGCUCUCCUCACGCAUCUCCCCCUCUCCCUGGCCACGGCGGGGCUUCUCACUCAAGACCGCACUGCACGCAUCAUUCUCAUGCGACUCCCCCUCCGCCUUCGAACCGCGUGGCAUUCAUCUCACUCUCAAGAUCGGAAUCCGGAAGCAUCAUCAGUUGAGGCGACUGAUAAAAAUACAUCGCCAAAGAGGCCAAAGAGCAAACAAACUAGAGAAGACAACCUGGAUAGCCGAAGAAACCACGACAAAAUGCCAAGUUAA